CUUGGGGCUAUUCUCACACACACACACCCACAGUCUAGCCCCUCCGUCUCUCUCUCUCUCUCUCUCUCUCGAAGGAGCAACCCCGGAUUUCCUCUAAUCGUCUCUCCUUUACGACUUUUUAGAUCUGGUUUUUCUCCCACUUUUUAGUUUUCACUGACCAUUCAGAACUCUAUAUUUUUGUAAACCAUAGUUGUAAAAUAAAUUUGGGGGCUGUAUGCUCGUUCAGAGGAUGGAAAUUGAUAGAGCGGAUGGGCGGACUCCAAACCAGUUGAGAAAACUAGCUUGUUCUCGGAACAUUCUCAACCGUGCCCAUGGCUCUGCUAGUUGGUCUCAAGGGGAGACUAAAGUUCUUGCUGCAGUGUAUGGACCAAAAGCUGGAACAAAGAAGAAUGAAAACCCUGAAAAGGCUUGCAUUGAAGUCAUUUGGAAGCCCAAAACAGGGCAGAUUGGUAAAGAGGAAAAGGAGUAUGAGAUGGUACUGAAGAGGACUUUACAAAACAUGUGUCUUUUGACUGUCCAUCCAAAUACCACGACCUCAAUCAUAAUUCAGGUUGUCAAUGAUGAUGGUGCUCUUCUUCCAUGUGCCAUAAAUGCAGCAUGUGCUGCCCUUGUAGAUGCUGGAAUUCCUUUGAAGCAUCUUGCUGUUGCAAUAUGCUGUUGUCUGGCAGAAAGUGGGCGCGUUAUACUGGACCCAAACAAGACAGAAGAGCAGCGAUUGAAGGCAUUUGUAUAUUUAGUUUUUCCAAAUUCGAUUCAGUCUGUACUUCCUGAAGGAGCAUUACAGGUGGGAGGAGAGCCUUAUGAACAUGGGAUAAUUACAUCUGUUACACAUGGUCUAAUGUCAGUGGAUGAGUAUUUUUUCUGUCUAGAACGAGGACGUGCUGCGAGUGCAAAGCUAUCUGAUUUUCUCAGGAGAAGCUUGCAGUUGCAAGUCCCGAGUGAGUCAUCUAAGACGGGCUAAUUUAUGACAUGGUUGCUAUAAGUGUAAAAUCUCAGGAUGGUAGAAAUUAAUAGAUACCGUUUUGUUUGGCAUUGGCAACUUUCUAAAUAUUCAACAAAUUUAUAUAUGUUGGAGUUCAGGCUGUAUUGGAAGGUACCAAGACACCCCAACACAAGCCUUUUGUACGGGAUUUCAAAUUGCAUAAAAAAUGUGUUAGAAUAAUAUUUUUAUUUGUAAUGGUUUUAAUUUGUUUAUUCACAUAUUUAGACAGAUACUCAAUAGUUUUCUAUUCAUAUAUAUCC